UGAUAAGUCACCUCUCUGACUGUUAAAGUUUUUUAUGUCAUUGCACCAAAGUCCCUGAAUAUUUGACCAAGGAUUUGUCUUCUCUGGGCUCUUGGUCAUUAUUUUAUGAGUUCAUUCAAAGCAACCCUUCAUAAAAGCACCAGUUUUGUGAAUUGGGUUGGUUGAAUUGAAAGCAACUGAUCAGUACACAAAUGGGUUUUCUCCAUCUUUGAAAUCUUUGAUGAAAAAGCUUCUUCAGGUAUUGUUGUGAAUCAUGAAUUAGGGUCUGUUUGGUUGUGAUUUUUUUUCUCUCUAGUUUUUUUCAGAAAAAUACAUUAUCUUUGUUUGUUUGGAGAGGGAGUGCCAUGUGGUGAGCUCAGAGGUCUGCACAUGGCUUCUCUUGUUUCCAAGUUUUGAGGCUGUAAACAGAUGUAGAGACGCUAGGGUUUUGGAUUUUUCAAUGGAAUCCGUACAGAAGAAGACCAGCAGAUUGUGUUAGAUAACAAAAGCCCAGUUUUCUAAAAACAGUGGAGGAUUGGGAACUGUGAGUCUUUGAUAAUAAACAAAGACAACACAAUUUAGUUGAGUCCACGUCCAAAUAUUUUCAUCACAUUCUCUCUCUCUUUUUUUUUUAAUUUGUUUUUGGCUUUGCAAACCAGUGCAGCUCUAUCUGUUUUCCCAAAUCUCUAAGCACAAUACACCUUCAACUCAAAUUGGGCUUUUUCUUUUCUCCCUACUAGUUCAUUCCCUUUCCACAUACAUAUUUAUAGGGUAUCUUUAGAAUCUGUUGAAAUCCACUAUGUACCUUUCCUUUUUUUUCCUUCUCUCCCAUGUGCCUAAUUUGUGAGCAAAGAUUUAGAGAUUGAAGGUUUCAAACUUCUCCUUUUGUCUCACUUUCAAUCUUUAAUUUGUCAAUCCAAACUUGAUUUGUCUAUCCAUAUCAUUGUCUCAGUGGAAGGCCUAAACGAUGGAAUCUGACAAAAAUGGGGCUUAGGUUAGGUCACAACAUAGUUGUGAGUUUUGCUUAUUUGGCACUUUCGAAAGGAAUUUGACUAAAAUCCAGCGCAGGUCAUGUCAAAGUUUGUGAAUUUUGCUCAUUUGGUAGUUUCGAAAGGAAUUUAACCAAAAUUCAGCGUAGGUCACAACAUAACUGUGAGUUUUACUCGUUUGACAGUUUUAAGGUAAAUCCGACAACGUUGUCCCAAGCCGCCUUGCAUAUCCUUUUCUUCAUAUACUUUACCAAAUCUUUAGUUUAGCUUCUCUUCAUUGCUCUCACUUCAAUUUCUUUCAAUCAAAUAAAUAUUUUUCCUUUCUUUUAUUUAUUUAUCAUAUUUCAUAAUCCAUGAAUGUGAAAGACACAUCUGAGAAUCAAAUGGCUUGUUCCACAUGUUUCUUCAAGAACCCAUUACCAUGGAUUGCUGUUCUUGUCCCAGUUAUAGUCUCUGCUUGUUUUCUAGGUUUUGGGUUCUUACCUAUCCUCAUCACAACUUCAUUUUUGAUCAUCAUAUCUUCCAUUUUCUUUACCUCAAGACACAAAACAGUGCCUGAUGAAAUGGAAAGAACAUCUGUGAAAGAAGAUGAGUCUCUCACCAUUGAUCAAAAAUGUUCACCAGAUCAAGUGGAGGAAAUUGAAUCAGAAGAACUAGAGAUUGAAAGUGAGACCAUCACACAACAACAGAUCAAGAAAGUCCAAGAAAGUGAAGUGGGUCAGACACAGACUCAUGACUGCAUAGUGGUGGGAACAGUAUUGGAUUCAUUUUCAGAAAGUGAAAGCAUUGAUGAUGAUCAGUACUCAUCUACAACUGAUCAAGAUUCUGAGGCUGACUGGUCAUAUUCUGGCAAUGUGGGUCAGAGCCCAGAUUGCUCUGAUCACUCGAUUUCCGAUGAGGAAAGCCUAAUUGAGAUUGCCCUUCCAAGUGGACACUAUGUUGGUUUUGAGAAAGAAGAUUCAAUUUCAAAGUGUGAUUUAGGGCAGAAGUUUCCGGAUUUGUCGGCACAGCCGGAGUUGAUUUUCAAGCAGCAUAGUCUGAUGGAGAGGUUAGCAGAAGGUAAUGAGAUGAACGAGGAAGACAAUUUGAUUGAGAUUGACAUAUCCAUGGGCUCCAUCAAGUGCUCAAGGUUUGAGAUUGAAGCUUGAUCAGUUUUACUGUUUUUUUUUAAGUCUCUCAAGUUCAAGGUUUUUGAUCCUUUGUGGAUUUGGUGUUGAUUAAGAUUAGGGUUUGGGUAUUUGGAUCAUUAUGUGCAUUACUUUGUUGUGCUAUGGUGCAAUGAAUUGUGAAGUUUCUACUCUUUCAUUGUCCUUGUACUUAUAUGCCUUUAUACGUUAUGAGAUCUUGUAUCUUUAAAUUUAUCUGUUUAUCAUUUUCAA